UAGAAAAAAAAAAGAUUCUGAGAAAUUAAAAACAAUUUAAUAACCAAUGGCCCUAUCAAAGGUCUAACUUGAGGAAGCAUUGGUGACUACUAUAUUCAAUGGAGCAGGAAUCUUUAAGCAGGAGAGGCAGGUUUCCUACAAAUGAUAAGAGGUUUUUGGCCAUAGGCAUUGGACUUGUGGCUGUCAUCUCUCCUCUAUACAUUGACAGUAGAAAAAACACUACUGAACCCCAGCUUGAAGAACAAACCAUCCUUCCCUAUCUUCCACUGCUCUUCUUGAUCACCCUCAUCAUGAGCAUAAGUAUUUCUCAUCAAUUGGCCCGGUUCUCAUCCUAUGAUCAUAGGCUUCUAGCCAUAGGUCUUACACUUGUUGCCAUACUCUCACCUCUGUACAUCGACAGGAGAAAGUUAGUCGAUCCAGAGCUUGAAGAGCAAUCACUUGGCAUAUCUUCUUACUUGCCAUUGCUCAUGUUGUUUCUCAUCAUUGCCAUUGCUAUGUCAUGCUACUUGGAUCAGAGCUUUACCAGGUUCGAUCCUUACUGGAUUCACAGGGUUGGUGGUUCUUCCACUGGGAUUCUCAUAUUUCUCCUUGUUCUUGCAUUUGUUUUGAAGUUUAAAGCACUCUAGCAUGAAUAAAAAAAGGGCUAAAAUAUGUGCCUUGUAUGUUUAGUGUUCAUGUGUGGUUUGGAAAAGGGGGCAAAAAGACUUUUCGGACUAAAGCAGCAGCAAAAUUGAAGUAAAACCAACUCAAGACUUGAUUUCACCAUUGUCGUUCUUGACCGUAAGGAAUCGAGCAAUCAUGUAUUUGAUAGUUGCUACAUCCAUAGAUAAUUACUUCCUCUCUCCCAAUUUGUGUAGGUGUUUGAUUGGGUACAAAGUUAAAAAUGUGAGGAAGACUUUUGAAAUUUAUGAUCCACAAUAAGCCAUAGAUAUUUCUGUGGCUAUAAGUCUCUCGUUAAGGUGUUAACUGACUAGUUUAAAAUUAGACAGUUACUCGUUCUUUUUGUGACCGACCGACUAAAAAGACGAGUGUCACAUGAAUUGGGGGACACAGGGAGUAAAACGUUACCCACCCCUUCAAUAUAGAACUGGUUAGUUCAGCAGCAGCCACAAAUUCAUAAGUUGAAUCGAGAGAUCUACAAAGACAUAAUGCAUUUUGAAGUGAGCACCAAGCAAAUCAUGAUGACUUGAAGAAUGAUUUAGCAAUAAGGUGAUAACUUUCAUAUUAAUCAACUCGAUGUAAUCUAUUGUCAGAAAGAAACAAGCUAUAACAUCGAGGACAAGAGAUGUAUUGCUUUAAGCCUAUUUAGCCAGAUUUUGGCAGCCAUUUGUAGUCUAGUGAUCAUGUAUGACCUGUAAAGUAAGGAAGAACAGGCUGUUCCAAAGAAAAGAUUACAACUAAAAAAGACAAUUUCUAUUUGUUCCAAUAGGUGCAAUGCUGUGCAUUGAGGAAUCUUUAGAUGCAUCGUCAAUCAUCAUGUCAAGUGUCCUUCAUGAA